CCGCGCUUUUCGCGCCGUCCUGGGCGGGAGCCGCAAAAUGGCGCCAGAAGUGGUGGCGGGCUGAGGGCGCUGGCCCCCCUCGAAGCCAACCCCGCGGGCCCCGGGCCGCCCAGCCGCUGCCGGGCAUGGAGGACGUGGAGGCGCGCUUCGCCCACCUCCUGCAGCCCAUCCGCGACCUCACCAAGAACUGGGAGGUGGACGUGGCGGCCCAGCUGGGCGAAUAUCUGGAGGAGCUGGACCAGAUCUGCAUUUCUUUUGACGAAGGCAAAACCACAAUGAACUUUGUGGAGGCGGCGCUGCUGAUCCAGGGCUCUGCCUGUGUCUACAGUAAGAAGGGCCUGCUUCUAAACACCCUACCACGUCCAGGAGAGGCCCACGCUGCAGAGGAUCAUCCAGCCCACAUGUGUGCCCCCAGGCUGAGGUCGUGUUGCAGAGAGAGGGAAAGCAGAAGGGAGGGAGCACCGUGGGGAGCCAGUGUUCAGGGAGUGUCCUCAAGAGGGAAGUCAGAGAUGGUAAUCGAGAAGAUGUCUUGGCCAGGAAGUCAGAGCAGACUAUGUCCAGAGGGAAGAAAAAUGGCCAGAAAUGUUGAGUUCAGUGAAUUGGACCCAUACACUAAAGACGUCCAAGUACCUUCUGGGUCUGCAGGUCACGGGGAUUUAGUGAGAGGAGGGCUGGACCACUGGCGGAAGGAAAUAGAGGCACGAGAAAGCGCUCCAGGUCAGUGCGGACGCCUCUUGAGAAAUUUUAUUGAAAAGGGGAGGAAAGAGACGAGGUAUUGGACGCAGGGAUUUGGGGAGUUGAUGCUGAAGGCCCCAAUUUCCAAGCCGAGACGGGGAGGGCCGCUCAGGCCCAGAGGGCAGCCCUCACCUGCUGUCCUGUCUUCGGGCUCCUCGGGGUUGACGGGUCUCUUGCUCCUCUGCCCAGGCACGUCUCCAGAAGGCCCGAUGCCCGCAGGUGGGGAUGAGGAUGAGGAUGCAGAGGGGGUGGCAGAGCUCCCUGAGGUCCCCCUGGAGCCCCAGGAGUCCAGGAGCCCACAGCAGAGCACUGCCCAGCCCAGGAGGUUUGAGCUGAGGGAGAGGCGGGAGGCCCUGGAGCCUGUGUCCCAGCUGAAGGAGACCCCAGACCCCUGGCAGAGCCUGGACCCCUUCAGCUCCCUGGACUCUAAGCCCUUCAAGAAAGGUAAACCCUACUCCGUGCCCGCCUGCGUGGAGGAGGUUCCGGGACAGAAGCGCAAGAGGAAGGGGGCCGCCAAGCUGCAGGACUUCCACCAGUGGUACCUGGCCACCUAUGCUGACCAUGCUGACAGCAGGAGGCUCCAGAAAAAGGGCCCGUCCUUUGCAGACAUGGAGGUUCUGUACUGGAAACACGUGAGGGAGCAGCUGGAGACCCUCCGGAAACUGCAGAGGAGGGAGGCAGCUAAGCGGUGGCUGCCGAGGGCCGAGGAGGAACUGUGGCCUGUGGAGGAGGACCGCCUGGAGGACUCCCUGGAGGAGCUGGGGGCAGCAGCAGAUGACUUUCUAGAGCCUGAAGAAUACGCAGAGCCUGACAGGGCAAAGCCUGAGGACGCUGCAGACCUGGAAGCAGAGGCCAUGCCGGCAUCCCUGAGCUACGAGGAGCUGGUCCGGAAGAACGUGGAGCUCUUCAUCACCACGUCUCAGAAGUUCGUCCAGGAGACGGAGCUGAGCCAGCGUGUCAGGGACUGGGAGGACAGCAUCCAGCCCCUGCUCCAGGAGCAGGAGCAGCACGUGCCCUUUGACAUCCACCUGUAUGGGGACCAGAUGGUCUCAAGGUUCAGUCAGCUCCACCAGUGGUGUCCCUUUGCGAAGCUGGUGGCCGGUCAGCCUGCCUUCGAGGUGUGCCGCGCCAUGCUGGCCUCUCUGCAACUGGCCAAUGACCACACGGGUGAGAUCACCCAGCAGCCAGGGCUGGAUGCGGCUGUGGACACCAUGUCCCUAAGACUGCUCACACACCAGCCCCACAAGCGCUUCCAGACCUACACCGCCCCCUCCAUGGCUCAGCCCUGAGUGGGCAGCCCUGUCCCCCAUGAUGUUGGGCACACAUCUGCUCACUUCACACUUGCUUCCUGGCUGGCCCAGCCUAAUAAAGUGGUGUUGCCACCCCACC